AUAUUUUUCCAUGCGACAACAAACACAACACUGUUUUUACAUCUCUGACAUUUUUUAGUUUUCUGUCAAUAAUUUGGACUUGAGCUAAUUAAUUUAAGUUUAAUUUCACAUUUAGACGUUAAGAAGUACAAGUGCAACAAUGAACAAACCGGAAGGGAAUCCCAAAGUUAAUGGUGCAGUUAGUGAUAAUGGCCAGGAAACAUAUACGCGUUCAGGAAUUUUGCGCAAACCUAGAACUCAGUCGGUGACAGCUUUAAGGAAAAAUGAACCACGGCCAAAGAAAACGAAACGAUCGUCAGAAGCUUUUAUUGCGAUCCAUUUAGGUGCCGGAGACCAUAACUUAACAGUAAAUAAAAGGGAUUUGUAUAAAUCCCUUUGUAAAACUAGCUGUCAAGAGGGAAUGAAGGUUUUACUGAGUGGCGGAUCAGCGGACGAAGCUGUAGCAGUGGCCACAAUCUUUUUGGAAAAUUCAAAACUUGUAAACGCUGGACAAGGUUCCAGUUUAACAAUUGAUCAGACCGUAGAAUGCGACGCAGGAUUUAUGAACGGGAGCGGAUAUUUUGGUGGAGUGGCUGCUGUUCCUGGGGUUCCAAAUCCUAUAUUAAUUGCAAAGAAAAUUGCGGACCUUCAUCGAGAAGAACCAUUACUUUCGUGUGGCAGAAUUCCUCCGACAUGUCUUUCUGGUUUGGGGGCCAAGUCAUGGGCUGAAUCCAAUGGAAUUCCAACGUGUGAUGAAAAUUUAAUGGUUUCAGAUCGAAACCGGAAAGUGUACAAGAAGUACAUUGAAAAAAUGCAGAAGGCUGAAGAAUCUAUGAGUUCGGAAGUCAGUGAUACCGUUGGGGCCAUUGCCCUUGACAAAUUUGGAAACGUUGCAUCAACAGUGUCGAGUGGAGGAAAUUGGCUAAAGCACUCUGGAAGAGUUGGACAUGCACCCGUAUUCGGUUGUGGAUGUUUUUCUCACAAUAAUACUAAAGAUAAGAAUGCUAUUGCUGUAAGCUGUUCAGGUUCUGGUGAAAUGCUUGCCAAAAGUCAUUUGCCACAAUGUAUAUCGAAAUGUGUCGAAAGUAAAGCCUGCUUGGGACUAGUUGAUGCUGUAUCGACCGUUAUUCAAAAAGAAUUUAUUAGUAACGAAUUAUUAAAAUGUCACAAGGAGACAAAAAACGUGGGUAUGAUAGGAAUUCGGUGGGACGGGAGACGUGGAGAGUAUGUGUGGGGUCAUACGUCCAAGAGCUUUAUAGUAGCACAUUUAGCAUCUUCUAAUGAAGUUGUGAAAGUAGAAUUUUCUGAAUUACAAGAGAAUGCGAUACCAGGAAAAUCUAUGAAAGUGAAUGGAGUUGCAUUUUGAUUAUGUAUACCAAAUUCAGAUUACGCUUGACUCUUAUAGUUACGAUCCCUUACUUCAUAACUUGUUCAUUAUAAAUGAAACUACUUGAUACAAUUCCGUUGGAUGGAGCGGAUGACCUGUCCUAAAAUAUUCAAUUUCAAUGCUUCCGUUUUUUAUGACUUUUGUAACUUAAAUUGUACCUGAAUUAACCAUUUAACCAUUUACAUAUGGUUCUAAAAUAUUAAUAAUGAGCUUGUUAAAAAAUAUAUAAGCAUGCCUCAAUUGUAUACACAUUAAGCCAUUUUAAAAGGUCAACGAGCAGCAUGUAUGUUGUCAAACAAUUAUAAUUUUUGAAACAGCGAAAUAAAACCUCGAUUUUUCACACAGUU